GGGGACGAUGAGGGGUGAAGAAGUUGGGGGAAAGGUGGAGAGUACUAAAAUAGAAGAGUGUAGGCCAUCAAGAGCAAAGAUUGCAAAAGGGUACUUCACGGUGCUGCAUAGAAUAAGCCAGAAUAAAGAUGUCUGAUUUUUACGACGGUCCGUCAAGAUACAAGAAAAGGAGGGUUGUGACACACCGAGGUGGCGGGAACCGGAGACGGGACGAGAGUCGUGACGCCGGUGCCAGCAGCAGCGGGGUUGGUUCCGGACACGUCGGCAAACCUGGAAGAGCAGUGCCAGAAAAGGUGCUGCCGAAACCGGUGUGGAUGACUGACGAGGAGUAUAAGAAACAACAAGGCUCGAUUGUUCGAGCGAUCCAGCCGCUGAGGAAGGGUGCAGAGGCUGACCGUGGAGGCCAAAACCCAGCGGAAAGAGGAAAUGAAACUGGCCAUGAGGGCUUCAGCAGGAGCGGUGCUGCCGAGGCAGGCGCUGGUGCUGGUGCUGGCGACGGCACGCCUAUGGCGAGCGAAGACGUUAACGUGAAGUUAAAAUACUUGAAGACGUUGCAGGCGCAGGGAAAGGACGAGAUUGUGCGUGACUACUACAACACGCAGACAUUCCACUCGAGGCAAAGCAAACGUACCGAGUCGCCGAUCUACCGGUUGCGCUCGUUCAACAACUGCAUCAAGUAUAUACUCAUCAACAAGUACGGGAAGCCAAAUGGGACGGUGCUGGAGCUCGGGUGCGGGAAAGGAGGCGACUUGGCGAAGUGGGGCAUGUUGGGCACCCGGCAGUUUGUUGGAAUUGACUUGAGUGAUGAGAGCAUCCGCGAGGCGAUCAAGCGGUACCGGAACGGCCGGUACGACUUCCAGGCGGUCUUUGCGACCGGCGAUGCCUUCAACGUGGAGCUUCCGGAGAUCUUGAAGGACUUCAAUCCCGACGAGGUGUCCCACUUGCAAUUCGACAACGUGAGCAUGCAGUUUUGCAUGCACUACGCGUUCAGCAGUGAGGCGAGCGUCGAGAGCAUGUUGGCGAACGUGAGCAAGAGUCUCAGGGUCGGCGGCAUGUUUGUUGGCACGAUCCCGAGCAGCGACUUCAUCAAGUGGAAGCUCAAAAAGCUGCCGCAGGGCGAACAUCGCUGGGGGAAUUCUAUCUACUCCGUGACCUUCCCCGAUCUGGACUGCUUCGACCGUGAAAAGGGCGCCUUCGUCCAGCCCUUCGGCAACGUCUACAACUACUUCCUCAAGGACGCCGUCGAGGACGUGCCCGAGUACGUCGUGCCCUUUGAGAAGUUCCGGAGCAUGUGCGAGGAGCACGGCCUCGAGCUCCGCUACAAGAAGAACUUUUUCGACAUGUUCAACAAGGAGGUGGGCCACUUCUUCAACCAGCUUCCCGGCCCCUUGAUCCAGUCCUUGCGCCUUCCCGGCGGCAAGUACGGUGUCGCCAAUGAGGAGCGGGAGGCUUGCUCUUUCUACCUGGCCUUUGCCUUUGAGCGGGUGUAAUGCGCACGGCCCCGUUCUCCUACCUCUCCUGUGUACCUUUGUAGAUAGACGCAAGACACGUCUUAUUAGCCGAUCGGCGCAAAAACUAAAACCGCCGGCUCCUCGGCAGUUUCCGUCCUGCAAGAGCCGUUGACUAGUGGCGCCACGCGC